GUCCACGUGAAAGAUCCUCACCCUCCGAUUGGUUGGACGCACGCCUCACCGCCAAAUACGAAAGGAGAGACUGUAACCGAUCGGGCUUGUGGCCCAGACAGCUGGAGGCGGCAAUUGGAGCGUUGAGGAAUCAGCUGAGGGGCUUUAUUGUUCGGUCUAUUCCAGCGCGUGAGUCGGGAAUGGUUCUUACUGGGCCUCCCCAAAGAGAGUCGGUGAGUAUGGUGAAGAGGGCGAGCAUGUUGGAUCAGCACAAGAAGUCCUCCUGUGCCCGGGUGCGUGUAGCCGUCAGACUGAGGCCCUACAUGGAGGAGAAGGAGGAAGAUAAAGUGCCCACGGCGUGUGUCAGGGGCCUGGACUCUCACUCGCUGGAGAUUGUCAACUGGAGAAACCAGCUGGAGACCAUGCAGUACCAGUUUGAUGCAUUUUAUGGGGACAGUGCCAGUCAGCGUGAGAUCUACAUGGGCUCUGUGUGCCACAUUCUCCCGCACUUACUCAUUGGCCAGAACGCCAGUGUUUUUGCUUAUGGUCCCACGGGGGCAGGGAAAACUCAUACAAUGCUGGGGAACCCUGAUCAGCCUGGAGUGAUCCCUCGGGCCGUUAGGGAAUUGCUGCAGAUGACCCGGAUGGCGGCCAGUGCCCCUGAGAAUGAGAACUGGACUUAUACCAUAACAAUGUCUUAUGUGGAGAUUUACCAGGAGAAGGUCAUGGAUCUGCUGGAGCCCAAGAACAAAGACCUCCCCAUCCGAGAGGACAAAGACCAUAACAUCCUGAUCCCGGGCGUGACCCUAAAAACUAUCAAUUCUUUUGGAGAUUUCGAUGAGCAUUUUAUCCCUGCCAGUCAGAACCGCACCGUGGCCUCAACCAAACUCAACGACCGCUCCAGUCGCAGCCACGCUGUGUUACUGAUCAAGGUCCAGAAGAGUCAGCAGGUGGCACCAUUUCGGCAGCUGAUUGGAAAGCUCUACCUGAUAGACUUGGCUGGAUCAGAAGAUAACCGGCGCACUGGAAACCAAGGAAUCCGACUAAAGGAGAGUGGAGCCAUUAACUCGUCCUUAUUUACGCUCAGCAAAGUGGUGGAUGCUCUGAACCAGGGGCUGCCCCGAAUCCCAUACAGAGACAGCAAGCUGACGAGACUGCUGCAGGAUUCCCUGGGAGGAAGCGCCCACAGUGUUAUGAUCACUAACAUCGCCCCAGAGCAGACGUAUUACUUCGACACAUUGACCGCUCUGAACUUCGCUGCCAAAUCCAAGCAGAUCAUUAACAAGCCUUUCAGCCGGGAAACCACCCAGACCGUGGCAGCUCAGCCAGCCAUGAAGAGGCCCAGGGAGGAAGCAGAGGCCACAACCAGUUCUCGGCAAAGAAAGAAAUCCAAAACUGACUCCACAGAGUCGUCUCCCAAUUCUUCAAUGGAAUCGACGGGCAAACGGAAACUCAAUUUGGCUUCGCUGGAUUCCGCUGUGGUAGAGAGGCUGCUGAAACUGGAUAAGAUCCUGACAGAGAAGGGAAAGAAGGAGGCGCAGCUCUUGAGCACCCCCAAGAGAGAGCGAAUGGCACUGCUGAAGAAAUGGGAGGAAAGUCAGAUGGAGAUUGAGAGACUAAAGGAGAAGCAAAAGGAGCUGGAGCAGAAAGCAAUGGAAGCAGAGGCUCGACUGGAGAAAUCCAAUAACUCUGACCUGUCAGACUCCAGUGUCAGUGAAAACACUUUCCGGGCCCCUCUCCGAGGCAGAAACACAUCCACAGCGAAGGUCAAGAAGGUGCUGCGUGUGCUGCCCAUGCAGGGAAACAGCCAAUUACAGAGCACCAUAGAGGAGGGGAUCCCAGUCUUUGAGAAGAAGAAAAAGAAACAGGUCACAUGUGAUGGGCAUGAGAACCAGCCCACGUGGGAAAUGAACAUGAGGACAGACCUGCUUGAGAGCGGCAAGGAGAGAAUCCUGAAACUACUCAACACCGGCUCCGUAAAGGAACUCAAAUCCCUGCAGAGGAUCGGAGACAAGAAGGCCAAGCUGAUUAUUGGCUGGAGAGAAGUCAAUGGGCUCUUUAAAAAUGUGGAAGAGUUGGAAUGUUUAGAAGGAAUCUCUGCUAAACAAGUCUCCUCCUUUAUAAAGGCAAAUAUCCUGAGCAGCAUCUCCAGCUGAGACCUGUGACAUCAUCAGACUGAGACCUGUGACAUCAUCAGGCUGCGACAAGUAUGGGCCCUGGUUAUACAGCCUCCAAGGGCCCGUUAUUUUAUUCCACACCAACAACUUGAAAUCCCUCGGCUCCUUAUGGCAAAACUCUGAAGUGUGAAUCUGAGGCAAAGUUUGGAUGUUCCUGUGCCAAUCGGCCGCUGGAGUGAGUGCAACGCAGAGACUAAAGUUUUAUUAUUUUAUCAUGAGCUGGUGUCUGUGUGUAGCUUGAGUGAAUGACUGCCCCAAUGGGGUGAAGGUAUGGCUGCAAUGUGGUUUCUCAAUGCCUGAGAAUGAUUUCCAUGCUGUGUGAGGCAGCAACAUUUAACCACUCGCUCUUGUGUAAAUAUAUAUAUAUUUUACUAAUUAUCCACCCAUUACCCACAAUGCUUCGGCAGCCUGAACUGCAGGUGUUGGGUCACGCGGCAGAGAUGUUCUGCUGGGGUUUUUAUCGUCUUAAUAUUACAUCGCGUUAUUCCAAAAAAUCCAUGUCUUUGUGAAAUAAAACAGUUUGGUUUUUUUUUU